AUGGUGGAUGUUCUCAGGCAGAUGAGGACGGAGCGCUGCAACAGAGAUAAGUUGAGGAUAUCUGUAAAUACCUCAGCUCGCUCUGCAGCACAGUCUUUGAGAACACGUCCUGGUUCCCCGUCUGGACCGGCUGCCUUCUGGGUGUUGAUGCUCUGGAGAGCUCACCUCAGCGGUUUGCACGUGUUCCUCCUCGGCUCCAGCACUCAGCAUUCCUCCGGACACUCCAGCGCUUCGCACCCACAGGACUUCACCACCACGGGCACCUUCUUCGGGAGAACCACUCACGAGAGCACCACCUACGAGCACCGAACCCUGAGCACCGGACGCCUGCGCACCACCCUGGUUUCCUCCUUCACAGCUCCUUCUCCACACCAAGAUAACCCCGCGGAUAUUGGCACUCACGGGCACCGGCUCCUCGUACACCACUCCUGGAACCCUCUUCUUCAGAACCCCGGCUCCGAAGGCUCCACUCCUCCCCCUCCACGGUCUACGUCCCUGCACCGGAUCCCCUCACUGGAGGGAGCACUAGUGGAGCAGGUCUCAAAAGUCAAGCUGCUGGGCAUGAGAUUGGACCAGUCAAUGUCUUGGUCAGAUCAAAUCACUCUUAUUGUCAGCAUGAUGGGCAAAGGUCAGUCUCAGGUAAUCGGUCCAUCUCAGCCAAUAGUGGCAACGCUUGGUGAUUCCAUCAUUUUACCAAGUUAUCUGAAACCUGUAUACGAUGCUAUGAAGGUGACGGUGGAGUGGGCCAGACCUGACCUGGACCCCAGAUUUGUCUAUGUGUCACGUAUCGGUCAGGACCUUGAACAUAUGAAAAAUCCUGCCUACAAAGGGAGAACAUCAAUGUUCAUUGAUGAACUGAAGCACGGAAACAUUUCACUGAAACUCUCCAAAGUGAAACAGGCUGACGCAGGGAGAUACAGAUGCUUCAUUCCUGAGACACGAAAAGACACGUUCAUGGAUCUUGUUGUCGGAGCUCUUCCUGCACCUGUCAUCACUUUAGAAGGGACUGAUGGAAAAGGAGGAGUGGUGCUGCAGUGUGAGUCUGCAGGCUGGUAUCCAGAGCCUGAGCUGUUGUGGCUGGACGGUGAGGGAAAGCUCCUCUCUGCUGGACCUCCAGAGACAGUCAGAGGUCCUGAUGACCUCUAUACUGUCAGCAGCAGAGUGACUGUGGAGAAGAGACACAGCAACACCUUCACCUGCAGAGUCCAGCAGAAC